AUGUCAUCACCGUGCAACGCGAAGGCAACAGGCGGACAAGAAGUAACAAAUGAAAGCAAUGCGCGAGCAUCCGGAGCUCUAGCUACGAUCACGAUUCCGUCUUCAGAAGCUUUCGGUGGACACGAGUCCCUCAAUGCAGGUUCGGGGAGUCCUUGCAAAAACCUGCGUAUCAUGGUGCUGGAGCUAGAGUCGCGGGAGCCGCCGGCCCUAGGGGGACGAGGAUCCGAUGCAGUUCACAAUAAAGCGUUUCGGUCGACCAAUCUCUGUACGGUCGAUGGAUGGCGAGGUGAUUCCACUGGACCAACUGAGAGCUUGAUUGUCACCUCUCACGAUGAAACAGCACGGGACGAAAGCGCGACGGCGGGUAAACGCCCUACAAACUCUCCACCGAAAGCAAGUGAUUGCUGGAAGAUGAAAGCCCUAAGUCUUCGCGGGGGUAUUGUCGCCGGGAAACUGCGAAGUGGAUAUGGGUAUACGGAUCAGCCUUCAUGCAAUCUUCCUUCAUGUGAGCCACGGGAGGCCAUGGCAUCUUCCGUGCCGGUCACGACAGCCGCGAUCUCUACACGGAGCAUCCAUGUGAUUGAGACUCCAUCAUCGUGUCCUCAACCUCAUCUGUCGCUGACCGACCCACCGCCUCUUCAACAGGAGAAAUGUGAACAAUAUGCUUGCGCGGAUAAAAAUGAAAUAAAUGCUCACGAUGCGCAUCCAGCAGGAAUCGGGCAGACCUCUCGGAAAGCUGCAACCGAUGUCGGCAAGUGUGAAGUUGCGCUGGACGGUACUGCGGCGGAGGAGCGCGAAUGGAUUUCCUUGGAGGAGCUAAAAGCUCUGUUGAGGGGAAGGCUAACUGAGUCUGUCACUAAAGCUGAGGUGUCUCCGACGGCAGCAGGUGGUGAGACCUGCGGGACUGCACAGGCUCACAUUCCCAUCAAGACAGCGGACCAGCCACCGGAAGGCGAGAGCCGGAGCACUGGAGUGUGCGGAGGCGCCGAUGCUCAAGGAGCUGAAAUAUGCAAUGCUGCACAGAUCCUCCAAGAUAUCCUGAAGACGCGGCGAGUAGCGGCGGAGGAUAUGGAACCUUACAAGGAAAAACUUCCAUCUCUAGGAGCACUGCUGCAUGACGAAGGCAUGUGUAAACCUUGCGUGAGUUGCUCCUACGAAAAUUACAUUGCUGAUGUGACGGUUUCAGCAUUCUUUCCUACUGUGGCUUCCGAUUCAAGCCGUGCAACCUGCCAGCACUCCGCUGGGAGCCAGCCAUGCCCUCUCGUGCCUGGCGUGUCGCUCUCUCUCUAUAGUCGUGCAGGCGACGCCGUUCCCACAAGGCCAAAAAAGGGGGUCCUCCCUGCGCUUCUUCCAGAAAGUGCAAGAGCCAUUCACUUUAGCUCUCUAAGCCACGCAUCCAGCCAGCUCCCCGCACGUCCCCCACCACCGCCCCCACCGUCUGGCGUGAAUACAGCCAUUUUGUCUAGCAGAAUCGGACUGGAUGUGUUGAAGGGUGCACGGAAGCCCAGGGCGGAGCAAUGCCCCACACUUCUUACUGGAACCAGCAGCCAUCAGUUGCUGCGGUCUCCCUCCGCAGGCCGAUUCCCGAUAGGCGCCGGAAGCCCAGCGUCGCCACACCUGCCGGGUGCGACGGGCGAUUGCCUACGAAAGACCAGCUAUUUUGCAGAACGUCGCGCCAAAGAGGCAGCAUGUUUCUUGGGAGCUACGGCAGCCUCGCGCAACAACUUCAGUAAACCCCCCCGUGCUCAUGUGUCCGCACGGAAGCAGCUCGGCAACUACACGGUCACGGUCAAGCCUCUGACCCCGGACCACUCCUCUGGUCGCUGUUCGAUAGAAGGUAUUCAGGCUGGCGAGUAUACUGGGACGUCCUGCCACAACACCGGAGCAGCGAGGGCUUCUUCCCUGGAACAGAGAUUCGCUAGUCCGGUCAAGCGGGAGCUACAUAAUCCUACUGAGCUGCUAAUGAAGCUAGCCGCCGUUGGGGCCUGCCCCACUGGCGACGCCGUGAGUCAAGCAUUCCAGCCAGCAGCUCCGGAUCCAACUGGCCAGCUAAACCGACCAACACACCCGCCUUCCGCAGGGUACCUCCGAUCCGGAGACCGCAAGAAACAGCAUUCGCUAGGCACCUGUGAGGGAGGUGUCGCAAACGACCGCCAGUGGGAUGUAGAGACGGAGAUGCGCGUCAUUUCGUGGCUUCGACAGCAGUGUGGUUUAGACUUGAGGGCGCGAGCAACUCUGGACUGUGGACAUUUUUGCCAGGCAGUUGAUGCGGAGGGGGCGAGCUGCGCUUCCGCUAACCCCGGGGAUGAAACCCUCGAAGUGGGGGGAGAAAGCAAGCUCGUUGGUGAAGCUUCUUGCAUGACACAGAUUAACGCAGGCCGAGUUAAAGACUAUACUCUCAGGAUGGAAGAUAAUGAAGGAGCGAGGCCCUGGAUAUCAACUGGCGUUUCGAGUGUGGUACCGGGUCACGAGACAGCGGGGGAUCAUGCCACAAGAAUCGCCCUGGAACGACUGAAUCGAGACGAACUGGUGCACCUAAUGAACCUGAUUACAUGCACAUUAGACAGCCAAAAUCAGCAAACUUUCGCAAGACCCAUGAUGGACGUUCAACCGGGUAGCACCCAUGUAGAUUCUCACCCCGAGCGUUGUGUUGAUGAGAGGCGGGUGCAAGACGCGUCUUGUGCCGAGAAACGAGGAAACGGUGAGAGCGAAUCCACCAUUUCCUCUCCCCGUGAGGGCCUUGUAUUGUACUGA